GAGUGUCGCCUACAAUUGUGUAGCUCCUCCUUAGAGGUUCUUUACAUACACAUAAACACACACGCAACAGCUCUGUAGACCAUAACUGCAAACAGGCAACAACAUCUCCUCUGAUUACAGCUGAAAUCCCCAAACAUUGCUUAAAUGACCAGCCAGGUGAUCUCAACUGACAAUGGUAGAAUUCUUAUCCAGAUAAAUCCACAGAUAGGUCAAGACGAUGCUGAACAACAGGAUGAGAAAGCAACUAAUCACAAUACACUUUUUAUGAGGUUUCUUGAAGUACAACUAAAGACAUUGGGGACUGUCCAGAUAAUGAUUGGUGUGGUGUUUUUCUUGUUUGGUUUUGGGCUCUCUACCGAUGAACCAGCCAAAUACAGAAUUUUUUACAUAACUAACAGUGACAUAACCCACUGGGGAUCCCUCAUUUACAUCGCUGCUGGUUCUCUGUCUGUUGUUGCGGAAAAUAAACUCCAUCCCUAUUUGGUGAAAGCUUCGCUUGGAAUGAACGUAUGCAGUGCCGUAACUGCAGGGAUAGCCAUUAUUAUAUCGUCUAUAGAUUUAGCAGGAUCACAUCUCAUUUCAGAAAUUAAGUGGCCCACUGGAACUAUGCUGGUGUUCUCCAUCCUCCAGUUAAUCAUCUCUAUCUGCAUCUCAGCUUUUGCCUACACAACCACCUUCACAAACCAUACAGUGGUCAAUGUUUCAUUUAACCAGAACAUCUAAAUUUACGAGACUCCAUCAACUCAACAUCUGAGUCCUCAGUGGGAAAGAAGACCAGCAGCAAAAAGAGCAGAAAAUUUGCAACUUUAUUGUCAUGUAUUUUAUUUGAAAUUAAAAGUUUAUAAGUUUUGACUUAAAUGAAGUUUAUUUUUAAAUAAGUUGUUUUUAAAAUUAAGCUCACAGAGUCAAGAUUCUGUAUAUUUAUUGUAUUUACGGCUGGAGCACAAAUUUAGUGUACAUAAAAUUCUAUUUUCACUUUUUACACAUUUUUAUUGCAUUUCUAGCCAGAAAUUAGUAUUGUUGUUUUCAUACAUCAGAUUAGUUUUCACAAAGGCUAUUUGUAACAGAAUUCCAUUUUGCUGCCUAUAAAGUGUGUCUGAAUGCUUUUCCCUGAGCUGCCUUGCCUCAUGAGGCAAUAAGUCAGCUGCCUAAGCUUUCAGACGCAGCCAGAAACUUAAGUUAAAAGUAUGUAAGUGGAUGUACGUGAAAGUCUAAUAAUAAAUGUCUCUUGUCACAGAUCUCUGAGGCUACACUUUAAAUUACGGCCCACAAAUGUUACAGUUACUCCAUAACUGAACCAAUAGGGUUUAUUUUCACAGUAAUUACAGAGAAAUUGCUUUUUAAACAUAGAUAAACAAGUUAAAUUAGCUGCACUAUUGCUAUUAAAAGCAUAUCAGUUAUACAACAUUUAUACCACAUACUUGUUGAAUGCUUUAUUCUGAUUGGUUGAGAAAUGUUCCACGGGUGUUGAUUAUUUUUCUGUAAAGUGCACACUUAACCUUAAAAUAUCUUAAAAUAGCCACCAAUGUUUGUGGUAACAAUGUGUGAUUGGCCUGAAUACCUCUGACGUCAGCCAGAAAUGUGACUCAUUUAUAAAGCGUUUUUACGCACAGAUUUGAUCUUAGACCGUGCAUACGCUCAAAUCCACUCAAACGCUCAGAUUUAUAAAACUUGUCUUUGACGUGGUAAAGUACUUACCUCCACGUCAGGUUCCGACUUGACGUACGCACGUUUCCUUGUGGCAAUAUUGCAGUACUGCAGGUAGGCAUAUUCGAAACUUUUUGUUUUGUACCUUUUGUGGUCAACAUACAGAGAUUUUUUUCAUUUGUUUUGGAGUUGUCCUUAUUAAAAAAAAAUAUUGGUUAGAUUUGUGCUCUUUUGUUAGAAUUCAUAUAUUUUGCUUAAGACUUUGUUUGGAAAAUAUUUAAUUAGUUUUUUUCUCUUAUGAUAUCUUAUUACAUAAGAAAUGUUUUUUGAUUAAUGUGUUACUUUUGUUUGCAACGUUUAUUAUAAAUAAAUGUAAAUAUGGUGAUUAUAAACCAUUAUUCCGUAUUUUUUUAUUAGAAGUUAAGCAAUAGGCUACCUAAAAUCUAUUAAUAAUUUGAUAAACUAGAAAGCUGCUAAAUGUAUUAAUGUAUGUCAGCAUUUCCAUGUUUUUAUUUAAUUCUUUUUCUCUUUCAUCCCCUGGCUAAUGUAAAAAAAGUGUUGAAUAUGUUUGAUAAAAAAUAAAUAAAUAUUCGAAACUUUUACAGCGUCAACAUCAUCUGUCUAAGAGCUGACACAUUACAGACAAUGUUUUAAUAGUGCGCCGUGACGUUCUCAACUACAUUUCAGAGUUGUUUGAAUUACAGAAAUCUGUUUAGAAUUAUCUUAAUGAACUAAUGCAACAAGGACGAAGCAGGUAAACUGCGCUGUUUGUUUAUUCAGAAUAGAAACCUAAAAACAUGCAACAAUGAUGCACACAGAAAAUGAACAAGGAAAGGCAUACUACUCCAAAAUAAUUCAACCAGAUUUUAGAAUAUAUUUUAAAACAAAAUAUGUUGGCCUAUUUUGAUAUUUUAAAAUGUAGGCCUAUUCUAAUGCAAAAAGAUGGCGCCCAAGCUAUAUGUUCAUGAAACGAUUUUCUAGUUUUCUAGUAUUUAAAAAUAUAACAAAAUUGGUUUGUGGUGUUUAACGCACAUGUAAAUGUUACAGAACAGAAAACCGAUCGAAUUUAAUGAUUAAAACGACGUGAAAGGAACUAAAUUGUGAAACCUUGAUUAUCCUACAACAAGGGACAUGCGACAUUUAAGAGUGAUGGGUAUUUCAAAAAUUAAUAUAAAUUAUUCCCAUGCAUCGAUUUUAAUGUUAAACAUCUGUAAAUCCAAAUGAAUCCAUAUGGAAUAUAUUCCGAC